AGCACUGAUGACCCCCUUAGUAGAGACCUACGCACUCGUCGACAGCCUCGAAUAGUAGUGAUCGGCGCGGGCUUGGCCGGUCUCGCAGCUACCAAGAGCCUCCUGGAAAGCGGCUUCACCGAUGUCACAGUCCUAGAGGCGUCAGACCGCAUCGGAGGGAGAGUUCAAAGUAUUCAGCACGGUAAGAAAUGAUGCUAUGAACCUUAUACAGUACAAACAAAGGGUGAGUGAGAAACAAUACAUGGAGGAAAUUACUCUAAACCAGACCCUGGAAUUUAAUGGGUUAUGACUCUUGUAACCGAUGGGUGUUUGUUUCUUAAAUAGUUCCCAAAUCCUUGUUUACAUUUUCUGUAAGCUGAAAGCUCCAAACCUCACUCACUGAGACAUUCGACAUGUCUGUGUGAGUGUGUAAUCAUCAGGUUGUUUCCCCUCGCACUCACAUCUAGCUGUCAAAAAGUGCCACCGUCUAUUCUCUAUGGGGCUACGCUAUCAGCGCUAAUGCUAAAAGCCUUCCCAAAAUAACACUGGAUCAGACUGUGUGCUUUGGAAAGCCCAAUAAAGCUUUCCCAAUUCAAAAUGUGAAACGUGAUUGGGGAAUUUGUCUCUAUCUCUCGGAUGGAUGUGUGGUUAGUCCUGCGAAAUCCCCUUUGAGCUGAACAAGUUAGAAGAUUACUCCCAUUGCCACACAUGGCUUCAAUUCAAUAUUUAAAAAAAGAAGAGAUUCAUCCCUAUUCUCAACGAAGCCAUUUCAAUAAGAAGUAUCUCUCCAGUAGGUGGUUGUAGCAUCCUCAAGAUGUCCAGUAGGCUGCAGAGUCACAUUCAUUGAAUUGACUCCCUCUAACUGCAGUUCCUUUCACUUCCAUUAAAUUAAAACAACUUCCUGUUCUAAUUUCUCUGCUUAUUUCAUUGAAUUCAAGUUCCAUUCCAUUCAACUUACUCCCAAAUAAUCAAGUUCUUGGGGGGAGUAAACAAAGUUUGUGUAAGUGUAACCCCAAAGGUGCAUCUGACAUGGCACGUUAUUUCCUACUACUUUUGACCAGAACCUAGGCCUGUCCCAAUAGCCACACUAGCACACUACUUGCAUGGCCAAUACAUUACUUAAUACUACAGAGUGCACAAGUUUGGGUAUUGGGACAGAAACUAAGUCUAUUAUAUAUUUAUAUGCCAUUUAGCAGAUGCUUUUAUAUGAAGCAUACACUUUGUAUGUAUGGUCCCGGGAAUCGAACCCACUAUCCUAGCAUUGCAAGCGCCAUGCUCUACCAACUGCGCUACAGAGAGGACUACAUUCUUCUCCAUUUAUUCCAGGACAAACAACUUUGGAGCUCGGAGCCACCUGGAUCCAUGGCGCAAACGGGAACCCGGUGUACCACCUGGCGGAUGACAACGGGCUGCUGGAGCACACCACGGACGGCGAGCGCAGCGUGGGCCGCAUCAGCCUGUACACCAAGAACGGUGUGGCCCACUACCAGACCAACAGCGGUACCAGGAUCCCCAAGGACCUGGUCGAGGAGUUCAGUGACCUCUACAAUGAGGUGAGGGGAGAGAGGUGUAUGGGAGGUGUGAUGUGUGUGUCCAGAUUACCACUGAUAUGUGCACAUGAAGGGAGCCACCCAUGACUGAAUGUAGAUACUGUACGUACACAGUGGCACAUACAGUACCAGUCAAAAGUUUGGACGCACUUACUCAUUCAAGAGUUUUUCUUUAUUUUUACUAUUUUCUACAUUGUAGAAUAAAAGUGAAGACAUCAAAAUUAUGAAAUAACACAUAUGGAAUCAUGUAGUAACCAAAAAAGUGUUAAAAAAAUCAAAAUAUAUUUUAUAUUUGAGAUUCUUCAAAUAGCCACCCUUUGCCUUGAUGACAUAUUUGCACACUGUUGGCAUUCUCUCAACCAGCUUCACCUGCAAUGCUUUUCCAACAGUCUUGAAGGAGUUCCCACAUAUGCUGAGCACUUGUUUUCCAUCACUCUGCCGUCCGACUCAUCCCAAACCAUCUCAAUUGGGUUGAGGUCGGGGGAUUGUGGAGGCCAGGUCAUCUGAUGCAGCACUCCAUCACUCUCCUUCUUGGAGGUGUGUUGGGUCAUUGUCCUGUUGAAAACAAAUGAUGGUCCCACUAAGCCCAAACCAGAUGGGAUGGCGUAUCGCUGCAGAAUGCUGUGGUAGCCAUGCUGGUUGAGUGUGCCUUGAAUUCUAAAUAAAUCACACAGUGUCACCAGCAAAGCACCCCCACACCAUAACACCUGCUCCUCCAUGCUUUACGGUGGGAACUACACAUGCGGAGAUCAUCCGUUCACCCACGCCGCGUCUCACAAAGACAAGGCGGUUAGAAACAAAAAUCUCCAAUUUGGACUCCAGACCAAAGGACAAAUUUCCGCCGGUCUAAUGUCCAUUGCUCAUGUUUCUUGGCCCAAGCAGGUCUCUUCUUCUUAUUGGUGUCCUUUAGUAGUGGAUUCUUUGCAGCAAUUCGAUUGUGAAGGACUGAUUCACACAGUUCCCUCUGAACAGUUGAUGUUGAGAUGUGUCUGUGACUUGAACUCUGUGAAGCAUUUAUUUGGGCUGCAAUUUCUGAGGCUGGUAACUCGAAUGAACUUAUCCUCUGCAUCAGAGGUAACUCUGGGUCUUCCAUUCCUGUGGCGGUCCUCAUGAGAGUCAGUUUCAACAUAGCGCUUGGUGGUUUUUGCGACUGCACUAGAAGAAACUUUCAAAGUUCUUGACAUUUUCCGUAUUGACUGACCUUCAUGUCUUAAAGUAAUGAUGGACUGCCGUUUCUUUUUGCUCAUUUGAGCUGUUCUUGCCAUAAUAUGGACUUGGUAUUUUACCAAAUAGGGCUAUCUUCUGUAUACCCCCCCCUACCUUAUCACAACACAACUUAUUGGCUCAAACGCAUUAACUUUUUAAGAAGGCACACCUGUUAAUUGAAAUGCAUUCCAGGUGACUUCCUCAUGAAGCUGGUUGAGAGAAUGCCAAGAGUGUGCAAAGCUGUCACCAAGGCAAAGGGUGGCUAUUUGAAGAAUAUCAAAUAUAAAAUAUAUUUUGAUUUGUUUAACACUUUUUUGGUUACUACAUGAUUCCAUAUGUGUUAUUUCAUAGUUUUGAUGUCUUCACUAUUAUUCUACAAUGUAAAUCGUAGUAAAAAUAAAGAAAAAACCUUCAAUUAGUAGGUGUGUCCAAACUUUUGACUGAUAGUGUUUGCACAGGUGUGUAUAGUACAGGUGUGCGGGGAAACUUAUGCACACACACACACACACACACACACACACACACACACACACACACACACACACACACACACACACACACACAAUCUGUUUACUGUGGUACAGUGAAGCGUGUCAUGCCCUGUUUAGCUACCUCAGAGCGUUGUGUUAUUCACGCAACAUUAGCUUCCCCCCACUACCAUUCAGAUCAGUGUAAUUAGACACGGUGCAGAGGAAAGGGGGACGCUUUCUACACACUUCCCUAUAGUUGUUCAGUUACUUAUUGGCUCGAAUCUAGGUUGUGCUUUUAGAUUUCAAGAAAAUGUACAUGUUAUUACUCCAACAUGGUGAAAGUGACAAACUGACACGUUUUCAUUUUCGUCAAAAAUCACUUCAUGUCUAAGGAGUGCCUUUGAUUUGACGGCCUGCACAUGCACAGUUCGGCAUGAGAUGACCGUUAUACCCGAUAACGUGUUUCUGCGCAUGAGCUUAGCUAGCCAAUGUCUCCAUGACAUCGCCUAGAAGCGUGAUUGAGGAUUUCUAUUGGAGAAGCAGUUUCUACAUAUCUUCAUACUAAACCAUCUUCGGUAAUAAUUAGGGAGCUGCAACAUACAGUGUGAACAAUGCUUCUAUCCUGAUUGCAUGUGUGUCAGUCUGUGUACCUCUAUGCUGUAUUCCCUUGUAUGAGCAAUUUCCAAGAUGCCAAUCACUUUGCAGUGUAGCAGCAGCAUCAACACAGCAGAGCUACGCUAUGCGUUAGGCUAACCCCCACCGUGCAUCAUUACAGCAGCGCUAAACGCUUAUCCCCACCAUGUAUCAUUACAAUUGCGCUAAUCCCCACCGUACCUCUGCCUGGAAAUCAGCAUAAUUAACUAAGCAGUAGGAUUAGCAUAAUGAGGUUGACUUGUUGUUUUGUUUCACAUCAGGAUUUGAGGUACAUAGAAAUCCUGUCUGUUUAGAUCUAGUGUUUCAUGAGUGUGAGGCAAUGGACAAGAAAUAGCUUUACAAUUAUUUGUCUUUGAAAAUGUGUUUCUUGAUGAUCACAUUUCAACCGGAGGCUAUUUUAUAUGAUCAACAAAGGUGUGCUGCAUCCUGGGUCGGGUUCAUUAGGGCACGCAACGGAAAACGUUUUCAAGUUUUGCAAAGGAAUUUGAAAAUUCGCUUUUCGGGUAGUCCCUCCCUGUUUCAGUCUGUUUUCUUCCAUUUGGUGCCUAAUGAACACAAGGCUGGUCUUUGUAUGCAAAAUGUUCCAUCAGGUAGGGAAGACAAGAUGAUAAGGUUAUGGAAUUGAAAGCAUGUCAUAUUAUCACGACCUUUGUGGCUACACUGUAACUCAGUGCAGCAAUGAUAAACAUAACCAUUCUGAUUCCAUGGGAAAAGAAUGUGAACUUCACUCUGGGACAGCUAAAGCAGUCAUUUGGACUGCUCAUGAAUAAAACCAUUUUUAUUACUCAUGCCCCCCUCCAUCCUUAACUUUUCCUAAAUAAGUCUAUAUACCACACUGCUGUUGUUAGAAUCUUAAUAUCACAAACAUAACUGGAGCUAUAACCAGUGUUAGGAGGGCAUGUCAGGCCUAAGCGCAAAAAAGCCCGAACGGUGCGCACUGAGCAGGUGCCCGAGCCACCACCAAAUCAAAUGGUGAGACAGAAGAGAGGAAGGGACGGCGCCGUUUGGAUAGAACAAGCCAGUGACAAUGCUACGGGACGGUUAUCAUCACAAAAUGUCAUCACUGAGAGAGCAGGCCCUCAAGCAAAAAACAUCAGUAACGCACUCACCAGCUUUCAUUGUUUGUGACAUGGACAUGCUCCAACUGAUGCCAUUGCGUGAAGACACACACCAUGUAAGCACGACCUGACAAUAAUUGACUAUUUUUUACUGCUGUCAUAUCGACACUUAUAUUAAUUAUAAUGCCAUUAUUGCUUUAUUGCUGAUUUUCACUAUUUAUCAAGCACACUUGGCGCUUAUAAGGAUGUUUAGGCUAAACUCUUAGAAAAAAGGGUUCCAAAAGAGUUCUUCAGCUGUCCCCAUAGGAGCACCCUUUUUGGUUCUAGGGACAACACUUUUCCUCUGUGGAAAGGGUUUUACAUGGAACCCAAAAAGGUUCUACCUGGAACCAAAAGGGUUCUACCUGGAACCAAAAAGGGUUCUUCAAAGGGUUCUCCUAUGGGGACAGCUGAAAAACCCUUUUAGGUUCUAGAUAGCCACAAUUUUUCUAAGUGUAAAGGGCGGCAGGUAGCCUAGCGGUUAAUAGGUUGGGCCAGUAACUGAGAGGUUGCUGGUUGGAAUCCCUGAGCUGACUAGGUGAAAAAUCUGUCGAUGUGCCCUUGAGCAAGAAACGUAACCCUAAUUGCUCUGGAUAAGAGUGUCUGCUAAAUGACUAAAAUGACAUGUUUUCAUUUGGUCUUGCUGACCAUGCGUCUUGGUGGUUGGGGUAUUAUUAUUAUUUUUGUCGUUAUAAAAAUAAGCUGUUACCGCGUUUCCAACACAUGAUUUCUGUUUCAUAGUUUACGUUAUGGAUCCCAAUUUUGUUUAAACUUUUAACGUUUAAAUGUUCACAUCCCUACAUGACACAUAUGUCUUUAUACUGUAUCGACCGUGACUUUGGGUCCUUGAAAAGCGCUAUAUAAACACCUUAUUAUUAUUAUUAUUAUUAUUAUUAUUAUUAUUGCACACAAUUAUGUGGUUACAACACUCUCAUACCUUGGCAGAAUCACAUCACCUACACACAUGUGAGGCUACGGAAUAGGUGGAUGCCUUUGGCUUCAAGGCAAGGCAUGACAUUGCUCAUGCCACAUAGGUUUGGUGCUGUAUCAUCCAAAGAUAUCAUUCUGUGGUAGUCUACCCCCAUCAACCUCAUACGUGGGCAGAAAAUCCACACACAAGUAAAGGCUACUGAAUAGGUGGACGCCUUUUGGCUACUUUGUGGUAGCCUACCAUAGAUCUUAUUUCCCAGUGCCAGUGGUGUCUACCUGUUGUAACCCGGCACUCCCUAGGAGUGGCCCCCGGGUGAUCACCAGUCUCGUGACUGACUGACGGCUCGGCUCCAAUUCCCUCCUGCCUCUUUGUUCAGCUCACCGUUUCACUUCAUUAAAUAAGACACCUUCACGGUUGCAUUUAUUUUACGGCACAGAAAAGGCUAGGGCUGCGUCCCAAAUGGCACCAUAUUCCCUAUACUGCACUACUUUUGACCAGAGCACUAUGUAAAGUAGUGCACUAAAUAUGGAAUAGGGUGCCAUUUGGCAUCAUCCCAGGUAUUUACUGAGACAUUACAUGUGAAAUGGUGCACAGUAAUAAUCUUUGAAUUACUUGUUUGUUUUUAAAACAGGCACCAUUUGGUACCAGGUCAUAACCAAUUGUGUUGAAUUAUUGGAACUAAGUACCAAAAAGUAUUAAUUAAAACAACAUAAUUUCCUAGUAAAUUCCAUGGAAAUAGUGCUACCCGCUUCACUGUAUGACCACCUACACAAUGAUACUCCCCCUAUUGUACAAUGAGUGGGCAGUUCCUUCUAAAAGAGGUGUGUGCUUUGGAUAAAAAAGCUCUGUCAUGCAUGUCGCUAUGUAUCCUGUACUGUAGACGUCACGGACCUCGGAAGAAAGUGUUGAAAUAUUAAAAACGAUCCGUUGUUGAAUAAUGUACUAAGUUCCACCCUCCCAUGCAGCCAUGCCAAGGUGUUAAAGGAUGUCAUAAAUUCUCACCUGGCUGCGCCCUUUUAAAGGGCACAUUUGUGAUUCAAACAACAACAACAAAGCGAUCACCUCACAGAUUGCCCCUUUAAAGUUUUAGAAGCACCCCAGUAGAUUCCGAAUGUUCAGACACCGUUAUAGCCACAGUAGCAGGUACACUCUAUGCUAUUUUAGAUCGCUUGGCUGUUGGACAAGGUACUAGCAAAAUACUGCCUGUCUAUACCAAUGAAAUUCUGGGUUGUCCAGUGUAGAACCAGAAUGGAAACAGACUUGCACCCAGACAAACCCUGGUUGCAUCCCAAAUGGCACCCUAUUCCCUAUAUAGUGCACUACUUUUGACCAGAGCCCUAUUCGCCAUGGUCAAAUGUAGUGCACUAUAAAGGGAAUAGGGUGCCAUUUGGGAUGCAAACCCUCUGCACAUUCAUUACUGCUUAUACCAUAGCCGUAAAACUCAAAUUUCUCUCCCGUCUUGCCAAUCCCCCCUACCCCUGCCCCCCCAGGUGUACGAGCUGACUCAGGAGUUUUUCCAGAAUGGGAAGCCUGUGUGUGCUGAAAGCCAGAACAGCGUUGGGGUGUUCACGAGGGACGUGGUGCGCAAAAAGAUCACGCUGGACCCCGACGACUCGGAGAGCACCAAGAGACUCAAGCUGUCCAUGCUUCAGCAGUACCUCAAGGUGUGUGUGUGUGUGUGUGUGUGUGUGAGGGGGGGGGGGGUCCUUCUGAGAGGCUAUAAAAUAUACUAGAGCUCUAGUUUAUGGUUGGAAUGCAGUGAUAAGUCUACGCAAACAUUAUGCAAAUCCAAUAAGCUAGAGCAAAUAAUGGUUUCCUUCUAGGGAUGCCAUUAUUGCUUUUUUGCUGAUUUUUCACUAUUUAUCAAGCACACUUGGCGCUUAUAAGGAUGUUUAGGCUAAACUCUUAGAAAAAAGGGUUCCAAAAGAGUUCUUCAGCUGUCCCCAUAGGAGCACCCUUUUUGGUUUUAGGGACAACACUUUUCCUCUGUGGAAAGGGUUUUACAUGGAACCCAAAAGGGUUCUACCUGGAACCAAAAGGGUUCUACCUGGAACCAAAAAGGGUUCUUCAAAGGGUUCUCCUAUGGGGACAGCUGAAAAACCCUUUUAGGUUCUAGAUAGCUACUGUUUUUCUAAGUGUAAAGGGCGGCAGGUAUCCUAGCGGUUAAGAGGUUAUUGCACACAAUUAUGUGGUUACAACACUCUCAUACCUUGGCAGAAUCACAUCACCCACACACAUGUGAGGCUACGGAAUAGGUGGAUGCCUUUGGCUUCAAGGCAUGACAUGACAUGACUCAUGCCACAUAGGUUUGGUGCUGUAUCAACCAAAGAUAUCAUUCUGUGGUAGCCUACCCCCAUCACCCUCAUACAUGGGCAGAAAGCCCACACACAAGUAAAGGCUACUGAAUAGGCGGACGCCUUUCGGCUACUUUGUGGUAGCCUACCAUAGAUCCUUAAUACUGCCUGUCUAUACCAAUGAAACUCUGGGUUGUCCAGUGUAGAACCAGAAUGGAAACAGACUGGCACCCAGACAAACCCUGGCUGCGUCCCAAAUGGCACCCUAUUCCCUAUAUAGUGCACUACUUUUGACCAGAGCCCUAUUCGCUAUGGUCAAAAGUAGUGCACUAUAAAGGAAAUAGGGUGCCAUGUAAGUUUGCGCUAUGUGUUCCAAGAAAACCAGUUUUAAAAAUCGUCACGGAAGACAUUACUUUCUUUUUUUCCAUAUUAAAUCUACAGUGCUGUAUACUGAUUCACUCAUCUCUGGAGAGAAUUGGUGCACCUCUAUGGCCUCUCGCACAGUUCUGGUUCAAACCAGUUCUUUUUACGCAGAUAAAUGACGGAAGUAACGCAUGUGAUGCUCCUGCUAUGUUUAGACUUGCACUCUCACACAAGUCUCACACAAUACAAGAGUUUACGGCAUGCUUUAUGACUCAACUGAACAAGCAGGUCAGGAAAUCAGGUGUAAAACUCUGACUAACAUCCCAAAUGCUAAUGUUAGCAUUGCUGUUAGCUAUAGCUACAUUAGCUUGUUUAUGUUAGCAAUAGCUUCAUUAGCUUGUUAAUGUUAUUGCUCCAUCUGUGAUCCUUGCUCCUUGUAAUUAUACCCAAUGACUCAUUGGAUUCCAAUUAGUGUUGAUCACUUCAAGGUCAGUUUGUUAAUGAAAUAGAAACACAGCGGACAACAAAAUGGACGCCCUUUAUUAUGCGUAGAGCCAACUGUGGUACAGCAGGGCAUCCAGGGAAGAGGAAGAUGAGGACGACAACAACAAUUUACCUCAGGAAAUGUAGCUAUUACAAGCCUUAUUAUGUUUGUAUAUUUAUUCAAUUCAUUUCCUGGUCCGCCGGCACUCAAUUAUUAGGGCUACAUCCCAAAUGGCACCAUAUUACCAAUGUAGUGCACUACCAUUGACCAAAACCCUAUGCACUAUCUAGGGAAUAAUGUGCCACUUGGGAUGCAUCCCCUGAUGUCCAAAGUUUCCUUUAGUGGCAGCCAAGGCCAUGAUUAAGACUUUUCCUCAGGGAAACAUUAGGCUCUAUUGUUGAGGCUACAGAGACACAGAUGCAGAUGACAUCCGUAAUGUCGCUCUAGUUAGGUAAACAAACUAUUGGGUUCAUAGACUUGAGCCAAAAAACGAUAACACCACUGAAAGUUGAAUAAGACGUAAUGGCCAAUAAAUAGGUAAUUCAACUAGGACUAAGUAGCACUUUGAUAGAGGAGGUUAAUUUGGCCUCAAUUCAAUAAGGCGUAUUAGCCAAUCUAAGAGUAACAGAAAAAAAAAAUCUACUUGAACAAAGUAGAUAGACCAAAAUAGAGGAGAUACAUUUGACCAGAACUGAACAGACUUGUUUGUCUGUGUUUCUACAUAGUACAGCCAGCGUCUGGUUCCUUUUUAGGUUUCUUCCAUCUGAAGAGUUUUUCCACUGUUCUGCUGCUUGCUCUGUGGGCUUCUAGGCUGGGUUAUUAAAAAGAGCUUAAAUACAUUUGACUGAUUCAUUGAUUGAUGAGUUAAUUGAUUGAUUGAUCGAAAGAGGUGGAGAGUUGUGAGAGCAGCUCAUAAAGAUACUUUUGCUCAUAAAGGGGCUCAAUUUGAUCUGAGUCAAACUGACUUUGUUUGUUUGUGUGUUGUCCCCCAGGUGGAGAGUUGUGAGAGCUCGUCCCCCAGCAUGGACGAGGUCUCGCUGAGUGAGUUCGGCGAGUGGACGGAGAUCCCCGGGGCCCACCACGUCAUCCCGGGCGGCUUCAUGAAGAUCGUGGACCUCUUGGCGCAGGACAUUCCGUCCCGCAUGAUACGUCUGGGGAAACCCGUCCGCCGCGUCCACUGGAACUACUCCGCCCAGCAACAGGAGGAGAUCGCACACGGCGACAACAACAAUCGGCACGAUGACGGCGACCAUAACGACGACCGACGUUGCCAUGGUGAGCCCAACCCCAAUCCGGGUCACGCGUACCCCAUCAGUGUAGAGUGCGAGGACCUCGAGUCGCUCCCCGCCGACCACGUGAUCGUCACCGCCUCGCUCGGCGUCCUCAAGAACCGCCAUGAGGCGCUCUUCUCACCCUCGCUGCCCGAGGACAAAGUCCUCGCCAUCGAGAAGCUCGGCAUCAGCACCACUGACAAGAUUUUCCUGGAGUUCGCCGAUCCCUUCUGGAGCCCAGAGUGCAACAGCAUCCAGUUUGUGUGGGAGGACGAGGCGCAGCUGGAGCAGCCGGUCUACCCCGAGGAGCUGUGGUACCGUAAGAUCUGCUCGUUCGACGUGCUGUACCCACCCGAGCGCUACGGCUACAUGCUGAGCGGCUGGAUCUGUGGUCAGGAGGCACUGCUCAUGGAGCGCUGCGACGACGAGACGGUGGCCGAGACCUGCACCAAGCUGCUGCGACGCUUCACAGGUCAGUCUAGCACUAACACUCUAGAGUUCAGCUACUAUAAGUCUUAGUUAAUGAAUCAAAUCAUGUGUUCUUGAUGGAGUGAGGAACACUGACCUAAAUAAUAACUCACUGAGAUAGGCCAUCAUCAGCAUUACCUCACAGAGUAUGAAUCAAGCUCUGCGCUUCAACUCAUCAGUAUAGGGCAGGAAUACUGUUACACACACACACACACACUGUUACGAGCACACUGUAACCUUGAGGGCUGAAUGGUGACCCAUUGAAGAAUAAUUCCACUUAUUCAGCCCUAGUGGGCCUCUAGUUAUACAUUAGAAACAGGAAAUGACAUCAUCAUGUGACAUAAUUCCGAGCCUUGAGGUAUAUGGCCUUUCACAGAAGGGGGUUUUGGGGGCUGAUGCUGAAUGAGUCACAUAGAUGUCUGGCAGAGUGGUGGUGUUGAAUACAUGUACACCCCAUAACAACUGAGACUCAUGGGUAUUUUUUAAGAGAAAACCUGACAGAAAAUAAAUUGUUCGAUUCGACAGGUCUACAUGAGACGGGAAAAAUUGCUCUCUUACAUUAAGGCCAUAUUAAGGUUACGUUCCCUGGAAAACACUGUAAAUGAGAGUGUAGACAAGACAAACGCACACUUUUCCUUGGGCUGCCCUACACCGUGAAGAAAAUUAUGACUAUUGAUAGAGAUUAGCCUUGUGGCUCUGUAUGGCUUCAGUCUUUUUCAUAUUGACAGAGAAAAUAGGUUAAGAGAUCUAAGAAGGCAUUCACAUAAAAGGCUUUUGACAGGGUCACCAUUACACUAUAGACGGGUUGGUUGUUGAGCUACAAAACCGACGCUUGAGCAACUAUGGGGCAAAACAGACAGGGUUAGCUUAGAAUGUUGACAACGUAAUCUAUAUUUUGUCUCCAAAGUUUAUUGAAAACAAAUACAUUUGCACAAUGAGAACUUGUCUCAAAUACAUCGUUACAGUUCUUGGUUAGCUAGCGAAUUGUAGCCAUAUUAGCAUUGGCAUGAAAUCAGUCAAACACCUCAAAACAAGACAUGGUAUCAAGAACAAGAUGAAACUAGCUGAAAUUAGCCACUUACUAUUCCCCACAUGGCAGUUUCUUGUCAUUGUUGCUAGCCAUUUGGCCAUCUACAAUCACAACAACUCACAGACUUCUGCCCCAAUUAAAGCGUGCACAUUGCUUUUCGUGACGUUGUCAGCUAACCCAUCUAUGGUUGCGUCCCAAAUGGCACCCUAGUCCCUACAGAGUGCACUACUUUUGACCAGAGCCCUAUGGGCCUUGUUCAAAAGUAGUGCACUAUAUAGGGAAUAGGUUUCCAUUUGGGAUGCAUCCCAUCUCAUGGGUGGACAAAGCUCGGUAUUGUGGCUGACAGUAAGUGACUGUUGUCCUCCUUCAAGGACUAAGUUAUCCUCUGGUCAAGCCAGUUAGCUGACAAAUAGGUCAUAGUAGAGUCAGGUCUAAGCUUAUCAUAUGUCUCCGCCCCGGUUACCAUCACUUAAUGAUGAUGUCAGAGGCUUUCCUGGACACACACACAAACACACACACCUCACUGGGGCUUUACAGUUACUCCUCCCUAUACAGCCAAGGCAACUAAAACAAUAAAUCAUAAACCCUGCCUUCCGCUCUGAGCAAUACUCGCUGCCUGCCCUCACACUGUUUACUUCCAUAGGAAGUACACCCUCACGGAAACUCAUUAACCCACACACUGACACACUCCCCUGAUGUAGGUCAGUGCGGUUUAAUCCCCUACAAAGCAGAUUCAUUACAGCUAGACUAGAGUGUGUGUGAGAGUGUGUAUGGCCUCUGAGAGGGACCAUAGCUGAUUAGUACCGAUACAGGAGAUUGGAUUGGAUUGGAUGUGUUGGAGGAUCACCUAUGGGAGAUUGGUAGAGGAUCAUUCACCAUGCAUCGCCAUUACCUUAGGAAGAUUUCAAUGGCUUAUUUCCACUUGCGGAAGAGUUGUAAGAGAGGGUGUGCCUGAGUGUGUGUUAGUGUGUUUGGCCUCUGAGAGGGACCAUAGCUGAUUAGUACCGAUACAGGAGAUUGAAUUGGAUUGGAUGUGUUGGAGGAUCACCUAUGGGAGAUUGGUAGAGGAUCAUUCACCAUGCAUCGCCAUUACCUUAGGAAGAUUUCAAUGGCUUAUUUCCACUUGCGGAAGAGUUGUAAGAGAGGGUGUGCCUGAGUGUGUGUUAGUGUGUUUGGCCUCUGAGAGGGACCAUAGCUGAUUAGUACCGAUACAGGAGAUUGAAUUGGAUUGGAUGUGUUGGAGGAUCACCUAUGGGAGAUUGGUAGAGGAUCACUCACCAUGCAUCGCCAUUACCUUAGGAAGAUUUCAAUGGCUUAUUUCCACCUGCGGAAUUGUAAGAGAGGGUGUUCCUGUGUGUGUGUGUGUGUGUUUGCGCGUUUGCGUGCGCGUGCCUGUGUGUGAGAGCGAGUGUGUUGGUGUGUGGAUGUUGAUGUUUCCGUGUCCAUCCAAAGGGUUAAAUUGGACUCACCAUCCUCACUGUCCUCACCGUCCUCAGCAUCCACCUCACCAUUCCUCUCUCUUCCUCUUUCUCUCCCUCCUUCAGGGAACCCCAACAUUCCGAAGCCGAGGCGGAUCCUGCGCUCGUCGUGGGGUAGUAACCCUUACAUCCGGGGCUCCUACUCCUUCACCCGGGUGGGCUCCAGUGGGGGUGAUGUGGAGAAGCUAGCCAUGCCCCUGCCUUACACCAAGAGCACCAAGGCUCCGGUAAGAACCGCAUCUGGAUCUGGAUGCAGACUUGGGUUCAAAUACUAUUUAGGGUAUUUCAAUUACUUUUAAAGACAUUUUAAAGUAAGUAUUUUGAAUUUUUUCCUUUGAAAAUACAAGUAGUUGAAUAUUGGAAUGCAUUUGGAAAUACACUUGGAAAGUAUUGGCUUGUAUUUGAAAAUACUCUUAAGUAUACAAAUAUUUAAAUACUCUAUGCAUUUUAACCCAGGUCUGUUUGGUCCUAAGGCUAUUUGAAAAUAGUUUUGUAUAUUUAUAGGAAGUUGUUUGAAAAUACAAAUAGAAGAAGUUGAUUUGGCCACAUUAUUUGAAAAUACUCCAACAGAAAAUAAGUAUUUAAAUAACACAUACUUAAAUAUGCAUGUAUUUGAACCCAGACUGGAUGUAGUGUAUAUCAGCUGGGUCGUGUUAAUUAGGGCACACCGUAGCAAGACGUUUCAAAACAUUGUACAAUGGAAUGGAAAAACUAGCGUUUUUAUUGGACAAGUUCAGGUAGUACCUCCCCGUUUCACUCAGUUUCAAAACGUUUUCUCCUUAAUGAACAUGAUGAUUAGCUAAGGUGCUGUGAAAAGUAAGGAGCAAUGUGUCAACCACAGUGGGUUAUAGGAUGAAAAGCCUUCCCCAAUGACUAAGUGGUGUUUGUGGCACAGUAUGUUAAUGACAGUGUAAUGAGAAUGUAUUUACUUUCAUUGGUCUCUGGAGGCGUGAUGCUUGUUUACAGUCACCAGAGGUACUCGUAGCAUGUUGUCAAUGUGCCUGUGUCAUCACUAUGCCACCUAAUAAGGCAGUAGGGGACAUGACAGUCACAGUGUUGGAUGGAUUAUGAAUCAUGGGUCUUGGCCAGCAGUGUAGCCCCUGAAACCUGACGCAUGUGUCCUUAUCUUAGUGUGUGUGUGUGUGCGUGUCUUCUGUGUGUGUGUGUGUGUGGCCACUUAAAGACUGUUAAAGGAGCAGCGUGACCUUAGAGAAAUCCCCCUCCCGUCAAAAGAGCGACAGAUCGUCACAAGCAGCCUUCUUACAUAUAGACAGAUAUGAUAAAAUAGCUCCCCAUGCCUGCAUCAAAAUGGCUCAAAAUUCCCUAUAUAGUGCAUUACUUUUGCCCAGGGUCCAUAGGGCUCUCGUCAAAGGUAGUGCGCUAUGUAGAGUAUAGGGGGCCAUUUGGGAUGCAGCCCAUGGCUCGGAGGCAGUAAUAGAGUACACAUACCAUAUGUUGGGUCAUGCCGACGUUCACUGGUUUGUUUAGAUCUUGUCUUUUUUUUUCUCGCCCCCUCCUCUCUUCUCUAUCUCUGCCCUCUACUCUAUCCACCCUAUCUCCUUCUCUAUUCUAUUCUUCUGUAUGUCAUAUCUCUUCUCUAUCUCUGCCCUCUACUCUAUCCACCCUAUCUCCUUCUCUAUUCUAUUCUUCUGUAUGUCAUAUCUCUUCUCUAUCCUCUCCUUUUUCCAACCUCUCUCCUCACCCUUCCUCUCCUCUCCUCUCCUCUUUACCCUCUCAGCCUCUACAGGUGUUAUUUGCCGGGGAAGCCACCCACCGGAAAUACUAUUCCACUACCCAUGGUGCAUUGCUGUCGGGACAGAGAGAGGCCACUCGUCUUACAGAGAUGUACCAGGACUUGCACAAAGAAACCACAAAGCCUAACAUGUAAAAAUGACAAAUGAACCACUGACUAGUGAUAAAAAAUAAACAACUUGUGUUUUAUGCUUGAUAUAUUUUAAGUUUUUUAGAUUACGUUAUAAAUGUAAAAGCAUAGUAGGGGCAUUAACAAUUAUAACGAUGAUAAUGAUGAAUACUGUUUUUACUGUAUUGUAGAUAUAUAGAGCGUGGUAGAUUUUACCACUUAUAUGAGAUGUACUGUAAAAAGGCUGCAAAGGGUGCCGUCAUCUCUGGUCCUUCAUCAAUCUGUUUAAAAAAACAAAAAAAACAUUGAUAAGUUAAUGUUUAUAUAAUAACAAGUCUAUAAUUUAACUGUUUUUUGUAAGUGCCUUCUGUAUUUAAUGUCAUGUUAUUGAAAAACAAACAAAAAAUAAUGGCAAGAAUUAAUAAACUUGUAUAUUAAUGUGAGAAAUGGUCAUGUUUAAUUGUAAAUGUAAUACCCUUUGAAUGUGUCCC